AUGCGAGGACGUGGAAAGAAUAGAAGGCCCCUCAUCUCUGCACCCAUAGGCCCGGUCAAAAACUCACGAGGUGCCGAUCUUAUCCGAAGCGAGAGGCUUAUUAUUGUCGAUGCCAUCAAGGACUGUGAAACAGACAGCUACAGCUCCAUUCCCGAAUGCCGUCUUCCGUUACCUAUCCAAACACCAAGGCACAUAUCAGCUGAAUUCCACAGUGACGGCCAAUUAGAAAACAGUCCGAGCGUUGCAAGCUCUGAUAUCGCGGUCACGCCAACCAUCAAGAUCUGCUCCAAUCUAAAGCCGCCAAAGAAGUCGCGCAAAAGUUUGUUAUCAGCCUCAUCUAUACCGAAGCCAUCUUUUAGAACAGUGCCAACAGCUACACUGGUACAGGACGAGAAUAUUCCUCCUGCGCCAGAUGGCUUUCUCCAUCCAGAUCCACCAAAUCAGCGACUGGCGAGCAAACUGCCCAAAUCUCGAACUAUGAGUGCCCUUCAUGACUUGAAGGCAUCCAUCUCCCGACCUUCGCUGGCUGUUCGCUCUAUCAACACCUCAGCUUUCACCGGUUCCUCUUCCAAAUCUUCUCCAUCUUCUACUAGAACCGACGCGACACUCUGCAACCCUUCAAAAUUGAAUCUUGUGCAACCGUCCACAACGUCGCUGGCUAACUCGGUUCAGUCAUAUUCUCCCGGGACUCCAUUCAUGCGAAUUAGCAUCGCGCAAUCUUCUGCUUACUGGUCUGGCCGAUUCGUGGCUCUCCAUGAUAAAUAUUUGUCAGAAGACCUUGCCAAAGAUGCAAUUGAAUCUCGCCUAUCGUUGACCAACUCCUUUUCCGCGAGACCCAAAACGCCAUACAGUAGCCUACAUCAGCGAGCAUCUCAUCUCCCCAAUUCAACUACCACUUCCGCCUUGAGAAGCUUCAUGACAUCGUCCAAUGUCUCGCCCGAAAAUGAAGAGGACACGCGAUGUCGCCGUGUAUUUGACCACCUCGAUAGUCUUUGCACCACAGAUGAAGCGAGGCGCUCUUUGCACAUCUGGCAGCAAGCUUAUGCUCGUCGACAUGGUCGCCCCUCGCUGCUCCCCGAGGGCGGCACUAUGGAAGAAAAGGGCCUAAUAGCAAAGAUAUUCCGCAGCUCGGGUGCCAAAAAAGGCGAAAGGCACAGCUUGACAAAACUGCGCUACGGCUCUUAUAACCACGAUAACAAGUCCAAGAGCUUUCUCUCGGGAAGCAUUUCUAGCGCGUCUCGGGAAAAGCGUCUCACCUUGUCGUAA